AUGUCGAGCAUUUAUGCCCUAGCUAUGAAGUGGGCGCUGCUCAUUUCCCUUCUUGUAGGGUUAUCUUCAACGCACCCCGAUGUGAAAUAUCCGCCGCGGAAGGUCGCCGGAAAGGCAUUCAAAACGGCGCGCAGCCCUCUUGCUAGGUUUAAUGAUCUCAUAAUUGAAGAACCGAAUGCGGUACCGUUGGCCGCAGCGAGCUCUCCCUUGGAAUGCUUCCAGGUUGCCGAGCCGGUACUAACGCCUCAAGGGCCUACAUUUCGUGAUGGGGUUCAUGUGCCGACGGCGGAGUCGGCUUCAAUUAGCGAAGUAGCUGAACACACGGUAGUUUUAUUUGAACACUCUUUCGCUAAUAGUUAUGGCGCUCCCUACGUUGGCAAUUACACCCCUCCAGAUUUCGAAUUCGAUCACGUAGUCAUCAACUUUACCGUCUUGGUAAGGGGGCGGCAGUAUGAUCGAACUGGUGUCUUCUAUCUUGGAGAUACUGAGGUGUGGAGAACAUCAACUGCGGAACCAACUUCGUAUGGCAUCCGCUGGGUCUGGCUCAAGGACUUAACUCCGUUUACGUCCCUCUGGAAAGAGCCGCAGACUGUGAUCUUUGACCUGGAGAACAUUGUGGACAACACCUACACGGGACUACUCAACACGACUCUCUCGGCUACAUUCUUUAAGAGCCCCGUGGCUGCGCUUAGCAGCCGGGGGCCUGCUGAUCUGAUUAUCCCCAUCUCCGAACGAACGGGAUCCGCCGGACAGCCGAGUCAAUUCACCUACCCGCAGCAGAAUGCAACUAAUACAAUUAGCUUUCCUCAGAACGCGAAUCGUGCCGUAUUCACGGUAGAUGUCAAAGCCCAAGGCGACGAGGAGUUCUGGUGGAGUAACGUGCCACAGAGUGCUAUUCAUACAUUCGACGCUGACUAUGGCACGUACCCUGGUUACUCUCCUUGGAGGGAAGUCCAAGUCACAAUCGAUGGCCAGCUUGCUGGAGUUUCUUGGCCGUUCCCGGUGAUUUAUACGGGUGGCGUAGUUCCUCAGCUACACCGUCCAAUCGUUGGAAUAGAAGCAUUCGACAUCCGGGAACAUGAAAUCGAUAUCACCCCGUGGCUACCGCUACUAUCGGAUGGGAAAGACCACACCUUCUCGAUACAGAUUAUCGGUCUGGUCGACGAUGGAGUAUCAAGCGCUUCCCUUACCCCAGUCACAGCCAGUGAAUGGUAUAUUACUGGCAAGAUCUUCGUCUGGCUUGAUGACGAGGGCUCUGUCACAACCGGGGAAUUGGGUUCUGCGUACACUAGCAACCCCAGUAUCUCAUUCUCUCAAAAAGUCACACAAAACUCGACGGGCUUUAAUGAGACCCUCGAUUAUACUUUAGCGGUGACACGUACGUUAUCUAUCAGUUCCUACGUCAAGACGCAGAAUGGCGAAGGGACCGUGACAUGGACUCAAUCCCUAUCGUACUCGAAUAAUGGCGGUGUUUCCGCAUACGGCAAUGAUGCGAUCAAUACGUUCGGAAUCGCAGGUGCUGAUGCCGCCACGGGCCUAGACCUGGAUAUCUCGUACUCUACUAGCUACAGUUAUCCGCUGUACUGCGGCAGUACGACGACGUAUCUACCAGAAGGUAACUUAACGCUUCGGGCAGAUCUCAACCAGAGUUUAACGCACGAAGUCCGUGGCGACUCCGUCUUCCCUAACGGUCUUGAAGCAUUCAUAGCCGCCAAUGCGACUGGUGCAUCGCAGUUCCGGGGUUCAGUGCUGAGUACGUCGAAGAACGGGUCGGCGACGUACUACAGACCGGGAGAUAAUAGCUACAGCUCGGGGGUCGGCCAGUCUCACCAGAUCUUUUCGUUUGAAGCUCUGAAUGACGAGGGCGACGAUGGUACGUCUGAGAGUACAGUGUUGUAUUAUCGUGACGUUAGUGCGUAUAAUGAUACGGUCACUAAUAACCACGUUGAGUUUCUGGAUAUCCCCAUUAAAUAUUUGACCAGCGCUUUACUCUAUGACUCCGGAUACCAACUCAUAUCUUCUAGUUGUGAAAGCAUGGAGGAAGAUCGGGCACAAGCCGAUCUAGGUAUUGCCGCAGAUAUCGAAGAGGCUCAUGCGCCGCCACCAUCAUCUCCAGCUCGGAAACAGCCAAAGAAGCGAUUCGUAGGACGAAGAGCUGCUGCAAGUAAUACUAAAAAUGGUGCUGGCGAUCCAUCAAUCGAGGAUAGCGGGGCUAUUCAAGUAUCGCAACCUAGAAGAGCACCAAGACUGCUUAAUCAAGUGCCCCCGGAGAUCUUGAAUGACCCGGAACUCAAGGAGGCGAUGGCAUUAUUGCCCGCCAACUACUCUUUUGAGAUUCCCAAGACUAUCCAUCGCAUCCGGUCUUCAGGCGCAACACGGGUUGCACUACAGAUGCCCGAAGGGCUACUCAUGUUCGCUACCACUAUUUCGGAUAUCCUUACCCAGUUCUGUCCCGGGAUAGAAACUCUAAUUAUGGGUGAUGUAACAUACGGCGCUUGCUGUAUCGACGAUUACACAGCGCGAGCUCUAGGCUGUGAUCUCCUGGUUCAUUAUGCGCACAGCUGUCUAAUUCCCGUAGACGUUACUAAGAUCAAGGUGCUGUACGUCUUCGUCGAUAUCAGCAUAGAUACGUCGCAUCUACUGGCUACCUUGGAGCGAAAUUUCGCGCCACCGAAGACUAUUGCGAUAGUCGGGACUAUUCAGUUCAAUGCUACCAUCCAUGGCGUUCGAUCGACGCUAGAAAAAGCUGGCUUCAAGGUCCUAAUCCCUCAAAUCGCGCCAUUGUCCAAGGGCGAGAUUUUAGGGUGCACCUCUCCGCGAUUACCCGACUCUGAGAAUGUUGACCUCAUCCUCUAUUUGGGAGACGGCCGCUUCCAUCUUGAGAGUAUCAUGAUCCACAAUCCUGCGAUUCCAGCAUAUCGUUAUGACCCCUAUUCGAGGAAGCUUACCCGUGAGACGUAUGGCCACGAGGAAAUGCAAAGUCUACGGAGGGACGCUAUUACGACGGCAAAGGGGGCAAAGAAAUGGGGCUUGAUAUUGGGCUCACUUGGCCGCCAGGGCAACCCGCACACGAUGACCCUAAUCGAGAAGAAGCUUAAGGAGAUGGGAAUCCCCUGGGUCAACCUACUCCUCAGUGAGAUUUUUCCUGGAAAGCUCGCCAUGAUGAACGAUGUGGAAUGCUGGGUCCAAGUAGCUUGCCCUCGGUUGAGUAUCGACUGGGGCUACGCAUUCUUGCGGCCGCUGUUGACACCGUACGAGGCACUCGUUGCGCUCAACGAAAGGCAGGACUGGAGCCAGAGUGGUGUUUAUCCUAUGGAUUAUUAUGCAAGAGAAGGGCUGGGAAGGACGAAACCCAUUGAGGUGUUAAGCUAG